AUGUUAGCGAUUGCCGGUCUUUCCCUGUCUCUCAACAUCCUCGAAAUAUCUCACUUAGGGGUGAAAAAAAUUAGACGAAGUUUAUACGGGGACGGCUGCGCGGACGAUGACAGUAUCUGUAAACUGAAGAAAAACGCGAUGCAACAAGUCGGUGUUCUUACAAGCUCGUCUCCGCAAAACAUUGUACAAUUAACCACUUACCCAGGGCUGCCGUAUGGCCAGUGGGAGCCUCUUCCAGUGUACAUGCCUUCAUCUGGUCCCCCAGCAGAAAAUGAGUCGCUGAUGCCAGACAGCAGCGCCGGGGAUCGUGAUCAUGCGAAGAUCUUCGAUCAGCACCCCAGAGAGCAGCUACAGCAGCCUAGUCAAGGCGAGAUCCAAGCCCAGCGGAUGCUUGGCGCUUCAGAUCGCCGAAAUACUUUGGAAAACCGAGACCGAUCAUCCAGUAGCGGUGAUUCUAAUGGGUUAAAUGGACGCAGGACACAAGGUUAUCCAGGUCAAGGAGGAGCGCACCCCAAACGAGCAACUCACUCCAGCCACAUGGAGAUACCUGCAGCCGUCCGUAACACAGUGCGCAAACAGAGCCGUGUAAGCUGCUACAAGGACUUUGGAGAAGAUCGGAGUGUUUCUCCGGACAGCGGCCACUACCCAUCAACGCGGAAGCCCAAUUUCAUGACCCGCGAACUGUCCGAGAGCAAGCUGGCCAGCGAACCUGCGAGCCCGGCUUCGGGCAGCGGCUCCGGGGCCGACCCCAAGCGCAUCUCGCAGGUGGAGAGUCCGCCUGCGACUCCGCCCCCGGCGAGUGGAAGGAAAAUGUCAAUGAGUAUGAUCCUGGAGCUAUCCUCCAUUAUGAAAAAAUGA